AGCUUGACCCGAGAAUUGCUGGGUAGCCCCGCCAGGCGCAGACGGCUGACCCCUCUGUUUUCUUUCUUACGCUCCAAGUUUCUGCCAUUGGCAACUUCCCAAGCCUUCUCAGAGUUCGAACACUUCUCUCACUUCUCUCACCCAGACAACGAACGAUCUGCAACGGUUAACUCACUGUUCUCUCAGGUUGGUGUUGGACUGAAAAUGUCGAAGGCUGCCAUUGAUGUUCCUCCCAAGGGUGGGUUUAGUUUCGACCUGUGUAGAAGGAACGAAAUGCUUUCGAGCAAAGGAGUUCAGCCUCCUUCAUUUCGCAAGACAGGAACUACUAUUGUUGGUCUGAUUUUCCAGGAUGGUGUUAUUCUUGGAGCAGACACUAGAGCAACUGAAGGACCUAUAGUUUGUGACAAGAACUGUGAAAAAAUUCACUAUAUGGCACCCAACAUUUAUUGCUGUGGAGCUGGAACUGCUGCUGAUACAGAGGCAGUAACAGACAUGGUAAGUUCCCAGCUGCAGCUGCAUCGGUAUCAAACUGGUAGAGAGUCAAGGGUUGUGACUGCUCUUACCCUUCUGAAGUCUCACCUUUUCAACUACCAAGGUUAUAUUCAAGCUGCCCUGGUGCUUGGUGGUGUUGAUCUCACUGGGCCACAUUUGCACACUAUUUACCCUCAUGGAUCUACAGACACACUACCAUUUGCUACAAUGGGUUCUGGUUCCCUGGCUGCAAUGGCUAUUUUUGAGUCAAAGUACCGAGAAGGGUUGACAAGGGAAGAAGGAAUAAAUUUGGUAUGUGACGCUAUUUGCUCGGGCAUAUUCAAUGACUUGGGAAGUGGAAGCAAUGUAGAUGUUUGUGUAAUAACUAAGGGGCACAAAGACUACCUGAGGAACCACAUAUUGCCAAACCCUCGUACUUAUGUCAGUUCCAAAGGUUUUACAUUUCCAAAGCCAAUAGAAUGAUGCAGGAACCCUUGCAUAUUUGACACCGUACUCGGGCGACGACCUAGCCCACCCUCGCCCACUUUUCGCUAUACUCGGGUGGUUAAAGUGCAACGCGUCGCUCGUAGGGGACGCCCUAGCAAAUAUUCGGCAAGGAUUUAUAUCAUAGUGAUCUGACAAAUUUUACGCUGGCUGUCAGUUACCUAACGCAACCCUCCUUAACCCGGGCUUGGGACCGACUGUGUGUGAAAAAAUUAGGACAUUAAGUGCAUCAUAGGUGGAGUUUUAUUUCUAAAAUUAUGUACUAAUAUUUUUAUUUGUCUUGCUCUAGAUUCCAUCUUCCAUUGUUUUACUUUGAUGAUAGAAGUAGUUCAAUGAUUCCAGCAGAUGUUUUGUUGUCGUGGUGUUAUGUAGUUUUGAUGUACUUUCCCCUUGAGCUAAUAUAUAUAUAGAGAAAAAAAACAUGUUCCAAUA